UUUAUUAAUGAUGGUAUACAAAUCCUAUCAUCCAUGCAUGUUAAUCUCAUCUCAUAGUGAACUUUUAUACUAUUGGGCGACAUUUCAAUAGUUUUGUUCAUCGGAUUUUACAACAUUCAUUUCUUGUCCAUAAAUCAUAUCACUGUCCUUUUGCCUUUUGUUGUUGUUGCUUACUAUCUAAUACUCUUUCUUUCCUUGGGCCAACAAAGUAACAUUAAGAGCAAAAAAGGCCAGCCAAGGAACGGGAAAAACAAUGGGCAUUCGGAGGGAUUCCCCCAAGAACUCACCCAGGAAGAAAACUACUCUCAAGCAUCUCUUUGAUCUUGAUCCCAAGCCUUAUGUCGGAAGUCCCCUUCCCAGUCCCCGCCGUGGUGGUGGUGGUACUGAUUACGAACACGAUGGAAUCCUGUCUGCUAUCUCUUAUUGCAACUCGGUUUUCACUUUCACCGACCCUCAGGAAUCGCCUUCGCAGCAAGAUCUCAAGCGCCUUAAGCUUAUGGAUGUUGUCUCUCUGCUCAAAUCACCAAAGAAGCCAUUGCACGAACAGCUUUUUUCACCUCUAAUGUCCAUGGUGUCUGUCAAUCUCUUCAGGCCACUUCCUCCACCUUCCAAAACUUCCAUCGUCUCUGCCUUGCCUGAUGAUGAAGAACUCUCCACUUUCACACCUCUAUGGCCUCACUUGCAGCUUGUUUACGAUAUUCUCCUUAGGCUUGUUCUUAACGUGGAUUCCAAGAAACUUAAAGAUUACAUCGAUCACCAAUUCAUUCGGAAUCUUCUUUACCUGUUUCAAUCCGAAGACCCCAGAGAAAGAGAGAACUUGAAGAACGUUUUCCAUCGUAUAUAUUCGAGGUUCACUUCAUACAGAUCGUUUAUGAGGAAAGCUAUGAACGAGGUGUUCUUGCAUUACGUUUUCGAGACCGAAAAGCAUUGUGGGAUCGGCGAGCUGCUAGAGAUAUGGGGAAGCAUCAUUAAUGGCUUCGGUGUUCCGUUAAAGGAAGAGCACAAGCUUUUCUUGAUGAGAGUGCUGCUUCCGUUGCAUAAGCCUAAGGGUCUGCAGGUUUACCAUCGGCAACUGGCCUAUUGUGUUUCUCAGUUCGUGCAAAAAGAGCCUGCACUUGGAGGAGUCGUGGUUAGGGGGAUUUUAAGGUACUGGCCCAUCACUAAUUGUCACAAAGAAGUUCUACUUAUUGGCGAAUUGGAGGAGCUCGUUGAGAAUAUCGAUCCCGAUCAGUACCGAACGUUGGCUUUGCCGUUAUGCUCUCGAAUUACACGAUGUUUCAACAGUUGCAACUCACAGGUAGCAGAGCGAGCACUGUAUGUGUGGAACAACGAGCAGUUCGUGAAGAUGGCAUCGGAAGCCAUGGAAGAAGUGUUUCCGGUGGUAGUGGAAGGCAUGGAGAGGAACCUAAAGCUGCAUUGGAGCAAAAGCGUAAAGCAACUAACGGAAAAUGUGAAGGCCAUGUUGGAAGAAAUGGAUCCACCCUUAUACGAUAAGUGCCUCCGAGAAAUCCAUCACCGGGAAUCCGAAGCUCAUCGUGAGCAAAUCCAGCGCCAACAGAAAUGGGAUCAAAUAGAAACGGCUGCAGCUAAGCACAGCCACUUCCUUCAACCAACAAAAACCAUAUGUGUUUCUUCCCACUGAAUUACAAUUUACAAGCUUUGGUGUCACAGCCAACCAA